AUGUUACGCAAAAUGUCAAUAAAUAAUCAUUCAUUCUCAUCCGAUAUUUUAUCAUCGACUACAAAUGAUCGUAUGAUGAUGACGACGACGACUAUUGAUCAAACUUUAACCGGUACUGCAAACGGAGCUGGUUCUCCAGCACUUUCGUUUAACUUAGCCGCAUUACAAACAUUCAAUGAUAAUUCAUCAAAUCCAUUGUUAUCUCCUCGUGAACGUUGUAGACGAUGUCAACAGUUGGUCUAUGUAACAGAACGUAUAGGACCAUUGAAAGGUUACAUCUAUCAUAAAUUAUGUUUCAAAUGUUUAAAAUGUGAACGACAAUUAGAUUUAAAAACAUAUUUUACAAAUUCAAUUGAUUUUAAUGAUAAAGAAAUCUAUUGUCAAUCACAUGUACCAAAAUCGGGUAAAGGAUCGUUUGGAGCAGAAAAUAUGCAAAUACAAUCGGUGAUGAAAGCACCAAAAUUAGACGUAAUGCAAAAGUUAGAUGAUAGACUCAAAGGUACUCAUCUUGAUUCGUCAGCCAUAAGUAUAGCGCAUGCAAUGAAAGCCCAACUAUUAUUACAACAAGGACGAGAAAAAAUUUCAUACAGUCAUAAAUUUCCAGCUCUUCCUCCAGAUAUCAUCCAUGCAAGAGAAGAAGUGAGAAGAGCACAAAAAACAUUAGAAGAAAAGCAACGUGAAGAAGAAGAUCGAUUGUUUGCUAUUUUUCGUAUAGAACGUGAAAAUCAAGAGAAAAAAAUAGAAAAAGAAGUUAUUGAAGAAUGGGAAAAGAAACUUAAAAUGUUAACAUCACAAUAUGAAGAUGAUUUACGUCGAAAAAAAGAUAAAAAUAUUGAACGAGAAUUAACGUUAAGAUAUAAAAAAGAAAAAGAAGAUUUGGAAAAACACAUGACAUUAAAACGUGAAAAAAAACGUGAAGUUGUACGAAAACAAUUGAGUGAGAAAGAACAAGAGCAAACACAUUCACUCGUGUCGAAAUUUAGUAAAGAAAUGAUCAAUCUCAUCCAAGUUAAAGAAGCGGAAGUAUUGGGUGAAAAUGCAGUUAAUGAUGAGAUUGCUACAACGUUUUCAAUGCUUCAUUCACGUCAACCUCCACCUCCACAACCACCUCGACGACGAAAACGUGAUUUAUAUGAAGAUCCAUCAAUAUUCGAACAUGUUGAUCAACAAGCAAUUGCUGUUGCUGAAAGUGAACAAACAUCGUACACAGAAUUAGUUGAUCAGUUAACGUACGGUUUACUAAUCGAUUUAGAAAAAGCAAGGGCAAUAUUUCGAUGGAUCACAGUAAAAGAUUUAAAUGCAAUAGAUUUUCAAUCGAAUUUAGCGACUGAUACACCGAUGGGACUAUUGCGUGGGAUCAAAUAUGGAACAGAAACAUAUCAUACAUUAUUUAUGAGACUUUGCAGGGCAAUAUUUCGAUGGAUCACAGUAAAAGAUUUAAAUGCAAUAGAUUUUCAAUCGAAUUUAGCGACUGAUACACCGAUGGGACUAUUGCGUGGGAUCAAAUAUGGAACAGAAACAUAUCAUACAUUAUUUAUGAGACUUUGCAGUUAUGCCGGAUUACACUGCGUCGAUAUUAAGGGUCAUUCAAAAAGUGUUGGUUAUGAACCGGGAAUGAAAAUUUUAGAAGGAAAAUUUACAAAUACAUGGAAUGCUGUUGUUAUUGAUGAUGAAUGGCGUUUUGUACAAUGUAAUUGGGGUGCACGACAUCUAGUGAUGAGUAAAGACAAGAAACCAGCUGAUUUAGCACCACCUAAACCUACACGGGAAAAAAUAAAAUAUCAAUAUGAUGAACAUUAUUUUUUACCAGAUCCUGAUGACUUUAUUCUCGAAUUUUUUCCAUAUAAACCAGAAUGGCAAUUACUUGAAAAUCAAAUAGCUUUAAAUGAUUUUGAACAAUUACCAUUUGUUCGAUCACUUUUCUUUCAUUAUCAUUUGGCAUUUGUCAAUCAGUAUAAUGCUAUUAUUCAAACAGACAAUCGUGGUUCAUGUGAUAUCAAAUUACGAAUGCCUGACUCAUUAAAACAACGUUUAGCAUUUCAUUUUCAUUUACGUUUUCCAAAUUCAAGUUCGUUGGUAUCACCACCUCAACAACAACAAGAACAACAACAACAACAGCAACAACAAAAGGUUACAACAGUAAAUGCUAGUGCAAAUCAAGAAGAUAGCACAGAUUUUCAAGGAAUUAAACUCGAACGUUAUGUACUACAUACAGUACAAGAUGAUCUUGUAUCAUUUAAUAUUCAUGUACCACAAGAAGGAGAUUAUUUUAUUGAAAUUUUUGCAUCAUUAGCGGAGCCUGACCCAAAUCCGUUUGGACAAAGUUUUAAAUUGAAAUGUGUAUGUAAAUAUCGCAUAUUAUGUAAACAAUUAUACCAACGAAUGCAUCCGUUACCUGCGUGUGCGUCCGGUGAAUGGGGUCCAAUGAAAGCAAUUCGACAUUUUAAUAUUUUACCUUUGACUCAUUUUAAUGCCAUAUUCGAAACAAAACAAAUUCCUGUCUAUAUCAAAUUUAAAUGUCCAAAACAAUUAAAAUUUCAUGGAAAAUUAAAUUCAAAUCAAUAUGUUAAUAUCAACGACAGUCAUCCAUUAGAUAAAUACGUUAAAUAUGAGUAUGAGGAAAAUGAGUGCAUUAUUACAUUUAUCAUUCAUUUACCGAUUGAAGGACAAUAUGGUCUUGAUGUCUAUGCAAGAGAUCCUGAUUAUCAAACAGAGAAACGUACAAUGUCUCAUUGUUGUAAAUAUAUAAUUAAUUAUUCAAAAAUAGCAACACCAGCAUCAGCAUCCUCAGCAGUAUCUGAACAGCAAGCAAUAUCGAAUAAUAAACAAUUAAUUACAUCUAAAAUCGGCAAUGGGCUUUUACCACAAUAUGAAGACCAUCAAUUAAUCAUGAACAAUCAUAAUAGUACGAAUAAUAAUAAUAAUAAUAAUAAUAAUAAUAGCAAUGAAUAUAGAAUAGUUUCACCAAGAAUAACAACAGGUUCAACUACGGCAUCCAUACAAACAAAACAAGAACAAAAUCUAUCACCAAAAUCUCAACGAAAUAAUAUUGGAUCAAAUGAUGUUGAUAUUCAUCAAGAACAACAAUAUCAGACAUUACCCAUGCCAAAAAUUGGUGGUAAUCAAUCAUUAUUACAAAUGCUUGGUAUGAGUGCCGUGAGUCAUGUUAAUGCUGUAAUUGAUAUGAAUUCGAAUCAUAUCGAUAUUCAGUUUCAAGUACGCCGGAUGAUUGAUUUUUCAUUUGAUUUAUUGUAUCAUCAAACAUUGAAUGAUUUAUUAAGAUCAAAACCGUCAUCGUCACUAGUUAAUUUAAAUCAGCGUUUGAAUGUAUCUGAUUAUGUACAAAUAAAACCAAAUGGUUUUAAUGUUACCUUUGGACUUAAUCUACCUAAACCGGGUCUGUACAUAUUUACAAUUUAUGCAGCGGCAAGUGAUGUCAAUCUUAACAAUAAUAAUAAUAACAAAAAACAACAACAACAAUUGUUAGCUACAACAAAUGGUACCAAUAAUAAUAGUAAUGGUGCUGGUGGUACUGAUCUUGAUUUACCUCCAGUUUUUACCUAUAUGAUACGCUACGUUACAUGA